UUAAUAAAAAUGAAAUAAUUCCACAAAAACUUCCAAACUUUCAAUAUUAAGUUACUCACAAGUGUUUGGAAACACGAUGAGUCGUGAUCCGCUAUAAGUUCUUUAUCAAAGGGACAGUUAAAAUGUUUAGCUUUUCUAAGAAUUGAAGGUUAUACAAUUAUACUGUUGUUGGCUUGAAUACAUAAUGGGUGGCUAUGUCCUGAAAUUGCUUGUUUUGUUGGUAUUGCUAUGGCAUUUAGGAUCCAACCAUGCAGCAACAGAGGGUGGAGAAAAGAAGUGCAAAGAGAGGGAGAGACUUGCUCUGCUCAAGUUCAAACAAGGCCUCCAUGAUAAGUAUGGCAUUUUGUCUUCAUGGAAGGACGAGAAUGAUUGCUGCAAAUGGAAGGGGAUUCGAUGCAACCAUGAAACUGGGUACGUUGAGAGGCUUGAUCUUCACUGCUCUGAACCACAAUACUACUUGAGCGGUGAAAUCAGCCCUUCCUUGACUGACCUCCAACACUUGUCGUAUCUAGACCUCACUUGCUUAUCAAAUAACGCCACUACUCACAUCCCAUCAUUCUUGGGUUCUUUCCCAAAUCUAUGCUAUCUUAAUCUCUCUUCUGCUGCUUUCUCCGAUUAUGUUCCUGGAGAACCUUAUUUUGAGGGAGAGAUCCCAUCACAGCUGGGAAAUCUCUCGCAACUGCAGUAUCUUGAUCUUAGCUUCAAUCUUCUUGAUGGAGUAAUCCCUUCUCAACUUGGAAGUCUCUUACAGCUGCAGCAUCUUGAUCUUGGUAACAAUCAACUUGGAGGAGUGAUCCCCUACCAACUUGGGAAUCUUUCUCAACUGCAGCAUCUUGAUCUUAGUCUCAACCAACUUAGAGGAGUGAUCCCCUACCAACUUGGGAAUCUUUCUCAACUGCAGCAUCUUGAUCUUAGUGGCAACCAACUUAGAGGAAUGAUCCCCUACCAACUUGGGAAUCUUUUCCAACUGCAGCAUCUUGAUAUAAGUGUCAACCAACUUGGAGGAGUGAUCCCCUACCAACUUGGGAAACUUUCCCAACUGCAGUAUCUUGAUCUUAGUUGGAACCAACUUGAAGGAGUGAUCCCCUACCAACUGCGGCGUCUUGAUCAUCACCACAAUCAGAACCUCACAUUUUAUGGUAAAAAUCAUGGCGGUAUUCAGUGGCUGUUAAAUCUCUCCUCUCUAACAAGCCUUGAUUUGAGUGGAGUCCUUAAUCUAAAUGAUUAUUCUCUCCACGUACUCCAGUUCCUUGCAAAGCUUCCAAGCCUAAAAGAACUGGGGCUAAGCGGGUGUGGUCUUUCUGAUUCUAAUAUUCUUCCAUUGUCUAAUUCCAGUUUGAAUUUCUCUACUUCCCUUGCUAUACUUGAUUUGUCUCAGAAUUAUUUGACAUCACAAACUAUAUUUCAUUGGGUGUUUAACUUCACCUCUAAUCUCCAAGUGCUUGACCUUUCCUACAACUUCUUAAGAGGCACCAUUCCUGAUGAUUUUGGCAACAUAAUGCAUUCACUUGAAUAUGCUGACCUCUCAAACAACAAUCUAGAAGGCCCUGUUCCAAAAUCCUUAGGGAAUAUAUGCACCUUGCAAUCAUUUUCUGCUUCCAGCAAUCACUUGACUGGGGAUCUUUCGAGUUUUAUUCACAACUCUUCAAGAUGCACCAGUAGCUCGUUACAAAAAGUGGAUUUAUCGAGAAAUAAAAUUCAUGGCAUGCUGCCUGACAUUUUAAACAUCUCGUCUUUGAAAGAGUUAUGGCUUUCAGAUAAUGAAUUGCAUGGAGAAAUACCUACAAGCCUGGGAUUGCUUACUGAGUUGGAGAGUGUGCUUCUUAAUGGAAAUUCUCUUGAAGGUGUCAUCACUGAAUCUCAUUUCACUAACCUCUCCAAAUUGAAAGCCUUUGACAUAGCAGGUAGCUCGUUGACUAUCAAGAUUAGUGCCCGCUGGGUUCCACCUUUCCAAAUACAAAAGUUGAGGAUACCAGGUUGCAUGGUAGAUUCUAAUUUUCCACAUUGGCUCAAGAAUCAAAAUGAAUUCAAGUGUCUUGAUAUUGCAAAUCUCAGGAGUCUGGAUUCUGUGCCGAACUGGUUGUGGGGAAAAUUGCUGACCAUGAAUAUUUUCAAUAUUUCAGGCAACAAUCUAACUGGUACAAUUCCAAAUCUCCCAAUUGAGUUAUCUUACCCACAAAUAGAUUUGACUUCAAAUCAAUUUGAGGGUUCCAUUCCACGGUUUUUGUUGCCAGCAAGUACCUUGUUUCUAUCCAACAAUAGAUUUUCAAAUAUAGCAUCAUUUGUUUGCGGCAAUAACACAGCCAUGCAUUUGGGGAUUUUGGAUUUAUCAAACAAUCAAUUGAAGGGUGAGUUGCCUGAUUGUUGGAAUAAUUUAAACUCACUAGAAGUUCUUGACCUGAGCAAUAACAAACUUGAAGGAAAGAUUCCUUUCUCAUUGGGUGUCUUAACAAAGUUGGAGGCUUUGAUUUUAAGAAACAAUAAUUUCACUGGAAAAUUACCUUCUUCCUUGAAGAAUUGCUCACAGUUGGCCUGGUUGGACCUGGGACAAAAUGAGUUUUAUGGUCCAAUUCCAUUAUGGAUAGGAGAAAGCUUAAAACAGUUAGUAAUCCUAAGCUUAAGAUUCAACUACUUCAAUGGAAGUCUACCUUCAAGUCUGUGUUUGUUAACAAAGCUUCAAGUUUUGGAUCUCUCGCAAAAUAGAUUAUCAAGAGGGAUUCCAACAUGCAUAAAGAAUUUUACUGCAAUGACUCAAGAUGCUAGAAGCUCAACUGAACCAAUGGAACAUCAGUAUGCAUACAAAGUUGGAGGAGCUUUCUAUUUGGUUGGAGAAUAUAAUUUGUACCUGUUUUUAACAUGGAAAAGCGCAUAUCGUUCCAUAAAAAAUGCAGAUAUGCUUCUAACAGGCAUUGACCUCUCAAGUAAUUAUCUCACAGGCCAAAUGCCAAAGGAAAUUGAGUUGUUAUUUGGAUUGGUUUUAUUGAACUUAUCAAGGAACAGUCUCAAUGGGGAAAUCAUCUCUAACAUUGGAAACUUACAAUCACUAGAGUUUCUUGAUUUGUCAAGAAAUCAUUUGUCAGGCAGAAUUCCUUCAAGUCUCUCCAAAAUUGAUCGUCUUACUAUGUUAGACUUGUCAAACAAUGAUCUUGAUGGCAAAAUUCCAAUUGGAACGCAACUGCAGAGUUUUGAUCCUGCAGCUUAUGAAGAAAAUCCCAAUCUGUGUGGAGAACCUCUUAACAAGAAAUGUCAAGAAGAAACCGCAGAAGAUGAGAGGCCAGAAGCACAAGUGAGUGAUGAGAAUUCAAUAUUCUUGGAGGCAUUAUACAUGAGCAUGGGGAUAGGGUUCUUCACAGGCUUCUGUGGCUUCAUAGUUUCAGUAUUAUUCAUCUCCUCUUGCAGAGAACCCUACUCCAGGUUCUUGAAUAGUUUGGUCACCAGAAUCUAUGGCUAGAGGAUGAACAGGAUCUCCUACUUUUGCAUCUUCUACUGUUAUCAAUAAACCCAAUGGAAUCAUUUGGUUCUCAGCAUGCUGUUGUUGAACCUUUUUCUUACUAGUGGUAUGAAUGCAUCUUUUGCUGUAAUAAAAUUGUUAAUGUUAAAAAUUUAUCAAUGUAUUUUGAGUAUUAUAUGUUGUAUUUUUUUUUUCAAGUUCUCAGAUGAUCAGAUU